GGCCAGAGUUCUCUUUUGUAUAUUCUACUCUCUCUCUCUCCAGAUUGCAGACUCUUGCAUUUCGCUCCAGAUCGAUGCAAUCUUCCGUUUACUUCGUGGGUUUCUCUCCAUUUGAACCCGAUCUUCUCCCUCUCGAGAAACCCAUAAAAACCCAUCUUUUCUCUUCAAAAGAACUCGAGUCUCUCUACCGUUAGAAUUGCAUUUCUCCAUCCAUAAAAAGUAGAAAAACACCCCUUUUUCUGGGCUUUUCAUUCCAAGAAGUGGGUCCUUUUUAUCUUCUCCAAUGGUAGCCUCUUCGCUCGCUUCACCUCUCUGCACGUGGCUCGUUGCCGCUUGCAUGUCAGUCGCAUGCGAGAAGGAGAAGCCGUCGAUGAGAGCGUCGUCGGCUUUCUUGUCUUCGAAGAGAUUGAGCAGAGGGGCAAGGAGGAGGAAGGGUCUGGACUGCCCCGAACGCCCGGCUUCGGCGCUCUCUGGAUCGAGCAUUCAUGGGCUGAUGAGUUCUUGCCUUGCUUUCGAGCCGUGCGAGGAGUAUUACAGUUCGUUCUUCGGCGAGAACGUGUUUCUGUCCUUUGGGUCGAAGGUGGGUCCCACCCGCCGGCAGAGGCGGAUGAACCGUGACGCUGCGGCAGGAAAACCCAUGAAUGUAGCUGUGCAACCUGCAAAGGAAAUCACAACAAAGAAGCGGCCUCUUACAAAGAAGAGGAGGGUUGUUGUGACGGGGCUGGGCGUGGUGACCCCAUUAGGCCACGAGCCAGAUGUGUUCUACAAUAAUCUCCUCGAGGGCGUCAGUGGUAUAAGUGAAAUUGAAACAUUUGAUUGUGCUCAAUUUCCAACUCGAAUUGCUGGGGAAAUCAAAUCCUUUUCAACGGAUGGAUGGGUUGUACCAAAGCUCUCCAAGCGGAUGGACAAGUUCAUGCUUUACUUACUGACUGCUGGCAAGAAAGCGUUGGUCGAUGGCGGAAUUACGGAUGACGUCAUGAAUGAGUUGGACAAAGCAAAAUGUGGAGUUUUGAUUGGGUCUGCAAUGGGGGGAAUGAAGGUUUUCAAUGAUGCAAUCGAAGCCUUAAGGGUCUCAUAUAAGAAGAUGAAUCCCUUUUGUGUGCCCUUUGCAACUACUAACAUGGGCUCCGCAAUGCUCGCAAUGGAUCUGGGAUGGAUGGGGCCAAACUAUUCUAUUUCAACUGCCUGUGCGACAAGCAACUUUUGCAUAUUGAAUGCCGCAAACCAUAUUAUAAGAGGAGAAGCUGAUGUGAUGCUUUGUGGUGGCUCUGAUGCAGCAAUCAUACCUAUCGGGUUAGGCGGUUUUGUAGCAUGCAGAGCACUUUCACAGAGGAACAAUGAUCCGACAAAAGCUUCCCGCCCAUGGGAUAUUCAUCGCGAUGGAUUCGUCAUGGGGGAAGGAGCUGGUGUCCUGCUUCUCGAAGAACUAGAUCACGCUAAGAAACGGGGAGCAAAUAUCUAUGCUGAAUUUCUAGGUGGAAGCUUCAGUUGUGAUGCUUAUCAUAUGACAGAACCUCAUCCUGAUGGGACUGGAGUUGUUCUUUGCAUAAAUAAGGCCUUAUCUCAAUCUGGGGUAGCCAGAGAAGAUGUGAAUUACGUGAAUGCUCAUGCAACGUCGACCCCAUCUGGUGACCUGAAAGAGUACCUAGCUCUCAGUCGUUGUUUUGGCCAGAAUCCGGAGCUGAGAGUAAACUCCACAAAAUCGAUGAUCGGUCACCUAUUAGGAGCGGCUGGUGCCGUUGAAGCUGUUGCAACUGUACAGGCGAUCCGUACGGGUUGGGUUCAUCCAAAUAUCAAUCUGGAAGACCCAGAGGAGAGUGUGGAUGUGAAUCUUCUGGUGGGCCCCAAGAAGGAGAGGCUGGACAUAAAGGUGGCGCUGUCUAAUUCAUUUGGAUUCGGUGGCCACAACUCGUCCAUCCUAUUCGCCCCUUACGAGUGAAUCAUGGUGACAAAAUGCAACCAUGUUUUGAGAAGAUGGGUGGGAAAGUAAAGGCAGUAAAGUGUAAAGCCUUGUAAUCUUGGCUUGGUAUUUCUUUUGUUGGAUUUUAAGAAGAAACCAAAGCCAAGGUUUUUUGGGGUGUGUUGAUGGGAGGCAGGUGAGCUUUGCGAAUUCUCACCCUCUUUUCUUUGUUCCAUAGACUUAACAUGUUAUUGAUAGAUGCAAGUGAUUGGAUUCAAAUAACUAUGUAAAAAAAAUGGGAAAAAGAAGCAAAAGAAAGGAAAUUAUUCGAAACGAUAAUUGUCGAUUAGAUGAGUGU